AUGCGUGGGUCGAGUGUGGCGCAGCACCGUAUCCCGCGCGUGUAUGCGUGCUACUUGCUGCGUUCGCUCUCCAAGCCGAAUCAGACGUAUGUCGGCUCAACACCCGACCCAGCACGGCGACUGCGUCAGCACAAUGGUCUUGUAAAGAAUGGCGCAUUUUAUACCCGCAUGGCACGCCCCUGGACGAUGGACGUGGUGGUGUAUGGCUUCCCAUCCAAACUUGCGGCACUGCAGUUUGAAUGGUCGUGGCAGUCACCCCAUCUUUCGCGGCAUUUGCGUGUAUGUGACCAGCCCGGGGGGUCGUUGGCCACCUACGCCGGACGAAGUGCAGAGCCGCUGUUUCCUGCGACGCGACGUACGUCCAAGUCGCGCAGCGGUCACACGCGUGUGCGACAGCGCUCUACAUCUGAGCCUGAGCACAAGUUCGCGGUGCUUCGUGCGCUUCUUGCGUCAGAGCCGUUUUGCUGUUGGGAUCUGCACGUCGCCUUGUACUCCGAGUAUGCGUUUGGUGUAUGGCGCUACAUGGAACGGGCGCAUCCAGACCGCUACCAAUUGUCGCGCAUUACGCGACGCCCUUUGCCGGCUGCAUACCCCUCUCUUUCGUGCGACUUUCGCGGCGUGCUCGGCGAUCGGGCGCCGCUGACCUACGACGAGCGUGCCGCUUGGCCCCGGCUGCCGGAGGCUGGUGUCAGAUCGGUCACACAGAAACGAGCCGGCGCCAAGGGCGCGGUAAAAGAAUAUGUAUGGGAUGAGCCGACUCCGCCUGCGCGAGAUGCUGAGACCAUGGGCCUGUCCUGGGACGAAUGGCGUGCCGCUCCCACGGGAAGUGCGUCGCCCGUGCAGUUGGACGACGCGGCACGUACGAUCGAAGCCCAGGCCCAGCAGGCUUGCACCACCACCUCUUGCGGUGUAUGCCACGAAAGCACCGAGAACCAAACGUAUGCUUACUGUCCUCAUGCAUGUGGGGCCGUCUUCCAUCUAUCGUGCCUGGCAAGGCAUUCCUUGGAGCGCGAAGCCGCAGCGCGAUCCGUUCGAGGCCGCAUAUAUUGUCUGCCUAUGACAGCUACCUGUCCGGUGUGCCAUCGACCACCCGUACCGUGGGCCCAAGUGGUGCGUCGCCUCUUUUCUCGCUAA